CACCUAAGAGAACAGCAAAAGCAAUCUGUAAUCGGUUCACACUGUCUUUUCGACACAAAGAAUGACAGAUUAACAUUUAAUCUUUCAGAAUGAAGGUUUUGUUUGUUGUCACUUUUCUCAUUGCUCUGUGCAAUGCAGAUAAUGUGUCUGAAGAAGAGUUUAAGAAAUGGAAAAUGAAGUUUGAUAAGAGCUAUACGUCUGUAGAGGAGGAGAAUAAGCAUAAGGAAAACUGGUUUGACAAUCUCAAACUCGUCCGAGAUCACAACAGGCUGGCGGACCAGGGCAUUAAGAGCUACAGACUUGACAUGAACUACUUUGCAGAUAUGGGUAAGCAGGAUUAUGCAGAGACUGCAUAUAAGGGCUGCCUUAUCUCUAACAGCACCAAGAAACACAAUGGUGCAACAUUCUCUGGACACCCAGAAACAGUGGACUGGAGGAAGAAGGGCUAUGUGACUCCUGUUGAAGACCAGAAGGAGUGCUUUGCUUGCUGGGCCUUUAGUGCGACUGGAGCACUGGAAGGUCAAACAUACAAGAAAACUGGGAAACUGGUGCCACUUAGCAAGCAGCAGCUGGUAGACUGCUCUACAAAAAACAGUGGCUGCAACGGUGGCUUGAUGAACUUGGCCUUUGAAUAUGUGAAAGAAAAUAAAGGAAUAAACACAGAGGAAUCCUACCCCUAUGAAGCCAAGAAUGGAUCUUGCAGAUAUAAUCCAAACACUGUUGGAGCCACCUGCGAUGGCUAUAUGGACAUAAACAGUGGAGAUGAGUAUGCUUUGAAGGAAGCUGUGGCCACCAUCGGACCCAUUUCUGUCGCCAUAGAUGCAAGCAACAAAUCCUUCAAACUCUAUGCAUCAGGCAUAUAUGAUGAACCUUAUUGUAGCAGCUCUAAACUGAAUCAUGGUGUCCUGGUUGUUGGUUAUGGCACUGAUGAUGGAAAGGAUUACUGGCUGGUUAAGAACAGCUGGGGUCUCAAUUGGGGAGAUAAAGGCUACAUCAAGAUGUACAGGAACAAGGACAACCAGUGUGGUAUUGCUUCACAAGCCAGCUAUCCACUGGUUUACAAUAAAACUCAGCGUGUUCAUUGUGAAGCUUGCUCUGUCAUCUUUAUCCUGGGAUGUUUAUUGUUGGGUUUCUUUUACUGAUUGAUUGGAAAGCAUUGUGGAAAUAUAAUAAUUGACACAAAUUGUCUUGGCUGUUAAUUAAUUUUUGAUCCCGCUAGGCUAAAAUAUUGAGCAUUACAUUUACAUUUCUUGCAUUUAGCUGACACGAGGUUGGACAAAGGCGAGUGAGGAUCCAAGUGCAGAUUUUAGACUUUUACUAAACCAAGACACACAAACAGGCAGGCAAAACAGAGCAGAAUACAGAGCACACAGGAGACAGGAACAUUAACACCAACAUACAAUAUCUAACAAGCACAAUGAAAUAACGACCAACAAAAGGGAAGUGAACACACAGAGUAUAAAUAACAGACAAGAACCAAUCACAGAGCAGAACUAAUUAGAGACAAAGACAAGACACCUGAAGGAGAGAAGGAGUACAAUUAAUGUCCAUGGAAACCAAAGAGUGGGCGGAGCAAACAAUUAACCACAGGAAAAGACAGCAGACAGAAACAGGACAGAAACACAGACAGACUCAUUACAUUAGCAGAAAAAAACAUUUUAAUGGUCUAUUUAAAGCUGCUUGUAAUGAAACAUGAAGUUCCUUGGCAUACUAACAAAGAAACAUAUGUGAUAAGUUAAUUCAGCUUUUAUAAGGAUUUUGAUCAUUAUCUAUUUUUACAGUUUGCUAGUGUUGUGGGACAUGAGAAUACAAAGCAGUAGUCUCGGUCCUGUGAAAAACUCAAGUAAAAUUUUAAUCAGCCUCUUCAAUGUCAAUGUCAAAAUAUUCUUUUUUUCAACAAAGCCCAUAAUAUCUUUUUUAGUGUGUCUCAUAAAGAGUGUCUCUCAUGAAAUUUCAUGUCCAUUUGUAAGUACUUUGUAAUGUUACUGUUAUACUGUAUUACAAAAUAUAAAUGUUCAAAAUAAUACAACACAAGUAUUUUCACAACUGUAUUUGGUUUCAGAAAUUUGUAUGAGAAAAAAAAUUCUAGUUUUUAGUAAUUACAUUUUUAUUUACCUGCUCUGUGCUUAAAUCUAAGGAAAUGUGUUUUGCAAAUCUUUAAUGUACUGUUCCAUGUCUUUGGAAAAAAAAAAGUUUAUCAUGUCCUGCAUAUAUACUGUGCUUGAAUUAUAUAUCUUUUUGGCAACAAUUUGGGGAAGAACUCAUGUGUGUGUCAUGGUCAAGUGUCUACAUACUUUUAACCAUAUAGUGCAUUUUGAAUGUUCCAGAAAUCACAUGUUUAAAAGGAAGUGAAUACAUGACAUGAUGUUAUGACUUGUUAUGAAUUAAUAAAAUAGUAUAGAACAUA